AACUUAUUAAUUUGGCAGAGAUGGAGAAAGUAUGGAAAUUACAGACUUAAUUUUAUGGAGCGCCAUUGCCCACCAAUGUCUGAAAGGAAAGAAUGUUUGGUGCCUCCUCCAGAUGGGUACAAGCCACCUAUCAGAUGGCCUAAGAGUAGAGAUAAGUGUUGGUACAGGAAUGUACCCUAUGACUGGAUCAACAGCCAGAAAUCCAAUCAGCACUGGCUUAAAAAGGAAGGUGACAAGUUCCUAUUCCCUGGUGGAGGAACUAUGUUUCCCAAUGGAGUGGGAAAAUAUGUUGACUUGAUGCAAGCCCUUAUCCCAGAAAUGAAGGAUGGGACCGUCCGAACUGCAAUUGAUACUGGUUGUGGGGUUGCUAGCUGGGGUGGCGAUUUGUUGGACCGGGGAAUUCUAACUGUUUCUCUGGCACCUAGAGAUAAUCAUGAGGCUCAAGUUCAGUUUGCCCUAGAGCGCGGGAUCCCUGCAAUCUUGGGAAUCAUAUCCAUGCACCGUCUUCCUUUCCCAUCCAAUUCUUUUGAUAUGGCUCACUGCUCUAGGUGUCUUAUUCCUUGGACAGAAUUUGGGGGGAUAUACCUUCAGGAAGUACACCGGAUACUGCGACCUGGUGGUUUCUGGGUGCUCUCUGGACCACCUGUAAAUUAUGAGAAUAGAUGGCGAGGAUGGAACACAACAGUGGAAGAACAAAAAUCAGAUUUUGACAAAUUAAAGAAGUUGCUAACAAGCAUGUGCUUCAAAUUAUAUAAUAAGAAGGAUGAUAUUGCUGUUUGGCAGAAAUCUCCUGACAAUAAUUGCUAUGAUAAGCUUACUCCGGCUUCUUAUCCCCCUAAGUGCGAUGACAGCACAGAUCCAGAUUCUGCAUGGUACGUUCCUCUCCGCCCUUGCCUUACUGUCCCAAGCCAAAACUUGAAGAAGCUGAGUCUGAAAUCUACUCCAAAAUGGCCUGCCCGUCUCAACGUUGCACCUGAGCGAGUUUCUACGGUUCCUGGUGGCAAUGCAAAUGGAUUUAAGCAUGAUAAUGGUAAAUGGAAGGUGAGGGCGAAACACUAUAAGUCAGUGCUUCCUGCUCUGGGAACUGAUAAGAUCCGCAACGUAAUGGAUAUGAAUACGCUAUAUGGAGGGUUUGCAGCAGCCCUCGUAAAGGAUCCUGUGUGGGUAAUGAAUGUUGUCUCAUCCUAUGGGUCAAAUUCCCUUGGCGCAAUCUAUGAUAGGGGUCUGAUUGGUACCUACCAUGAUUGGUGCGAGCCAUUUUCAACAUACCCUCGCACAUACGACCUCUUGCAUCUUGAUGGCCUUUUCACUGCUGAAAGUCACAGAUGUGAAAUGAAAUAUGUGCUCCUUGAGAUGGAUCGGAUCCUUAGACCAAGUGGCUAUGUAAUGAUACGGGAAUCUGACUAUUUCAUCGAUGCCAUAGCCACCAUUGCCAAAGGCAUGAGAUGGAGCUGCGAGAAGCAUGAUACCGAAUACAAUGUCGAGAAGGAGAAGCUUCUUGUGUGCCAGAAGAAGCUCUGGUACUCUAAGCUCAGCGAACAAUAAUAGAACAGGUCGAUGAUGGAUGAUUAUAUUUCAAAAUUAGACCUAAAUUGAAGUGAAGAAUCCUCCAGAAU